AUGUAAACUGACCAGCUGCUGUUGUGACCUGUUGCUGCGUGUGAGGUCAAGGAGAAGAUGAAGGGAUUGGAGAAAGGAGCUAGUGCCUUGAACUGUUUGAAGAAGUUAUCCUUCAUGAGAUAUUUGCUGAUCGGCAUCAAACUGUUUGCUUUAGCAAUAUCAUUGAUUCUAAUCAUUGCAUCUCUUGGAGUUUUUGCUGAAAAGAAUAAAGAAUUUUAUGAUAAAUUCAAAUCUCUUGGUGACUACUGCAUCCUGUUUGCUUCAAUACAGAAUGAGAGGAUACUUAGUAAUAACAGUAAUUGUAACUUUGUGAUUGGAGGCCAGACCAUUUCUGCUGCACUCAUCAUUGGGUCCAUUGUAAUAGUGAUACUUGGAGCUAUUGUCAAUGCGAAGAAAAUAGUUUUUAAUAUAUUUUUAUUAAUAAUUUCAAGUCUUGCACUGAUAAUGAGUCUAUCAGCUGCUAUUGUGAUUUCUGCCGGUUUGAAGAAAACUUGCAAUUCCAUUGAAGAAGGAUCUUUGGGAACAAUAAAAUGCUCUAAAGCUGAAGUACACAUUCCAAUAAUUAAUUUCAAUGUAACAUUUUAUGACAGCAUUCAAGCAUCAAUGAUACUUGGUUGGACUGGUGUUGUUUUUCUCUUGGUUUAUAUCACUGCAGAGAUAAUCAGUUUGAUUUCCAACUGUUGCUUUCAGAAAUCAAAAUACAACAUACUAGGAUAAUAUUAUGUACAUUUACUUGUGUGUGUGUGCGCGUGUGUGAAUUCUUUAAUUUUUUUAGUCUUUUUACAAUUUUU